AUGCAUUGGGAUGACGUCGAACUGCAGACCACUCCACCGGCUCGCAACACCAAGGAGAAGCCGUUCAUCUGCCAAUGUGGAGCUGCCUUUGCCCGGCGGGACCUCUUGACCCGCCACCAGCGCAUCGCCCUCCAUGAAGAUGCAUCUGAGUCCCCGGAUGAGCCCCCAGAGCCGGACUCCGGGGAGCAGCAUCACGGGCCGGUCGAGGCCGACCUGGCAGCAGCCGUCUCCCUCUCGGGCAUGAGUGUGCAUCAUUGGUCGCAGCAACCACCCGCACCACCGGCUGAGCUGUAUCCCAUGGCAGUCUCAAGGAACGGCGCUCUCGUGGAUGACGCCCCAUACCAACAAAGUCUCCUGGCAGAGCCCUUCUACGAGAAUGGCAACCAAGAUGCUGUGGGAUUUGACGCCCAUUUCAGAGAGUUUGCCAGUUUUCUCGACGGCGUUGGUCUCCCGGCGGAAUGGAGCCCGUAUUUUCACCGCCCUGAAAGACACAACGAGGUCGUUGAUCCGGUGACGAGGGACUCGCGAGGAGGCUCGGCCACGCCCCGGGCUCGUCAGAACAGAACCCGGCCCGGGACGCCGUUCAGCUCGUGGUUGCCCUCAGCGCCAACUGGCAAUCGUAUAUCAGAGACCCUUCCCGACGCAAAUCCCCGUCCUGUUGACACCGAGUCCCAGCCGUACCGCAUCUCAGAGGACCAGCGGCUUCGUCUGAAUGCCUUGAUUGAGACUUUCCGCGACGUCCUCGAUUCCAACUUCAAGUUUCCCUCCCGCCAUGCCCUCACACGCUACAUGACCUCCUUCUUCGAGGGGUUCCACUCGCACAUGCCCUUCAUCCAUGCGCCGACGUGGCGAAUAUCCGAGCACUCGGUCGAAUUCGUCCUCGGCAUCGCAGCCAUCGGCGCGCAGUACUGCUUCGAGCACCGAAUGUCCGAGAGGCUCUUCCAUGCUGGCAAGACCAUACUCAUGCAGAGGCUGGCACGCGAGCCUGACAAGUUCGGCCCCAAGGCCGGGUCCUUCCUCCACCUUCACAGUCUGUCGCCUCAGAAGCGCGAGUCAAGACCUAUACAGGAUAAAGACUGGGGCUCGUGGGAACCCAUCGAGACGGUACGGGCCCUAAUCGCGCUCAUGGGCUACGCCACCUGGGAGCCCAGCGCCCAGCUCGUGCAGGAGGCAUUCGCCCUGCAGGCGCUGCUGGCCCAGGUGCUACGCGAGAUCGGCCUCCACGAGGACGGCCUGCCUCAGCUACCAGCGGGCAAACUACACCGCAAGCCGCCUGGCAUGCCUGGCAUCGCGUACAAUGUGUACCCGGUACUGCGCAGCAACGAGGUCGGCCUUCGACUGCCCUGCUCGACGGGUGAGUGGAAGGCACAGACAGCACAGCAGUGGCAGACGGCUCGGCGGGAGGCUGGGAAACAGCAGCUGUUCUUUCAGGAUGCCUUGUCCCUGCUGCUGCGGAACACGGACGGCACGGCGCCUCUCGACCCGAUCCCUACUCCCCUGGGCAACUACAUACUCUUGCACGGGUUGCUGCAGAGGAUCUACAUUGUCCGUGAUCUGUCUCUGCCGGUUAUGGACCACUCGGCGUCACUACCAAGUGAAGAGGUUGACAAGCUCGAACGAGGCCUACGCUCCUGGACAGCAGGGUGGCAGCAGGCCCCUGAAUCCAGCCUCGACCCCAACAACGAGAACGGGCCCAUCCCCUUCACAUCCAGCUCCCUGCUUGGCCUCGCCUACGUCCGCAUCUACCUUCACCUCGGCCCGUACCGGCUGCUCGAGUCGCGAGACCCAGCACGCAUCGCCAAGGCAAUCAGCCGGUCACCGGCGGUGGAACGUUCCGGCGGCGUCAUCACGGCACUGCUGUACACGGCCCACAUGCUCAGCAUCCCGGUCAGGCUGGGGGUCGACCGCGUAGCUCGGAGCCAGGCGUUCUUCUGGAGCGUGCGGCACUCCCUCUCGGGUCUUGAGUGUGCCGUGAUGCUUAGCAAGUGGCUCUCGUCGCUCACCGCCUCUGCCGCCACGACGCCGCUCAGUGAUAGCGAGGACCGGAUCCUGCAUUGGGUCCGCUGUAUUGUGGAAGAGGCGUACGACGUAGUCGACUUCGAUGAAGAUGAGGCCGACCAGCCGACAGACCGGGACCCUGCCUCGCUGAGUCUGGCCGUCCUCAAGAUCUGGGCACACUUCUUCAAGAGCAACGCGCAGUGGCCAUUUAUAAACAUUAUCGGCAAGAGCCUGGAACAGUAUCGAGAGCUGCUCAUCCGAAACAGUUUGCAACGAAUUCCCUGA